GAAGAGAAGAAGACAGCUGGCGGAAACGGUUCAUGUUUACAUUUCAUGUUACAUUUGGGAAACAGAAGGAAGGAUGUCCUGUAACGCCAGUGUUACUCGUCUCCAUCUGUCCUCACUAAAGCGGGCAGAGAAGGUCCCGGUCCACCUCAUGCCCUGUGAGAUUGAGCACAAUGGGCUCGCCCAGGUCUCACAGUAUUUCACCGCAACAACAAAAGAAAAGAAAAAAGAAAAGACAGUGUCAUUCAGAGGACGUGGGUUAAAGGGACAGGAGAUCAGCUGUCCUCAGGGCUACACGGGUCUGGUUCUGAAGGAGGUCGACAGACACGGCUCUGACCAGGAGGACAGGACAGUGAAGGUGACCUCAGUGUUUGACAAGCUCACAUACUGGAACCUGGAAACACCUCCCACUUCAGACGACACCGUGGUGAUGGCGAUGGACUGGCCCGAGCUGGCUGAGGCAAUCCAUGGGACAGUUGAAGACUGAAGACACUUGAGGCUGAUUACAUGUGACACAAGCAAAGCCCACUUAUUGCUGCUUAAUCUAAGUAGUGUUCCUGUCUCAGAGCAAUAAAAUGUUUUUUUGUAAAUAAGAAGAAAACCAAAACACCGGCUGAAGAGAAUUUUGUGAAUUAGUAAAACAGUCAAACAUUUGUGCCACAGAACACCAUUUAUUCACAAAGUGACAUUUAGAUAUUGGACAUUAGGACUCACAAAACCCUCUAAAUGAUCACUGCUGUUGUCCAUUAAAAGUAUCAGUUUAAAA